UACAAAAGCAACUUAUAGAUGUAUAUAUGUAAGGAAGGAGAAUAACAAGAGAGGUGAGAUUAGAAAAUGGUGAGCUGAAACCACACGCUACAUACGUAAUAUAGUGAUAAGAGAAAGUUGAUUAAGCUUUCUUCUUCACCAUUAAUCCGUAUCAUCUUUGUGUCAUCCGACCUCAUAUACUAGUGUCUACUGAUCUCAAUUUCCAGAUCCCGAAGAACACAACUCAACAAAAAGGCUCUCUCUUGUCUUUCUUUUGAGGAAGAGGAAAGGGGAAAUAAGAAAAAGAGGAGAGAGAUGGGAAGAGGGAAGAUAGAGAUAAAGAAGAUAGAGAAUCGGACAGCGAGGCAAGUGACCUUUUCCAAGAGAAGAAGUGGUGUUAUCAAGAAGGCUCAUGAGCUCUCUGUUCUCUGCGAUGCUCACAUCGGUCUCAUCGUCUUCUCCGCCACUGGAAAGCUCUACCAGCACUGCACCGAACCCCUCACGAUGCCUCAGCUCAUUGACCGAUACUUGCAGACCAACGGAUUGCGACUUCCUGAUCCUAAUGACAACCGGGAGGAAUUCUGCCAUGAGAUAGAAGUACUAAGAAGAGAGACAUGUAAGCUUGAGCUCCGUCAGCGUAUAUACCGUGGACAUGACUUAGCCUCCAUUCCUCCACACGAGCUCGAUGAACUAGAGCAACAGCUCGAACAUUCUGUGCUUAAAAUUCGUCAGCGUAAGAAUGAGUUGAUGCAACAACAGUUGGAGAAUCUAAGCAGAAAGAGGCGGAUGCUAGAAGAAGAUAACAACAAUAUGUACCGUUGGCUUCAUGGGCAUCGUGCCACGACUGAGUUUCAGCAAGCUGGCAUAGAAACCAAACCAGGGGAAUAUCAACAGUUUCUAGAGCAAGUUCAGUUCUAUAAUGAUCAUCAGCAACAACCAAACAGUUUUCUUCAGCUUGCUACUCUUCCUUCCGAGAUUGAUCUUAAUUACCAUCUCCACCUUGCUCAGCCUAAUUUUCAAAACGAUCCAAUGGCCAAUAUCUGAUUAGUCCUCGACCAGAUUUACUCUUUCUUUAUGGAGACAAAUAAAUGAACAAUGAAGUAUCGUUUUCUGUCUUUUAUUACCUAUUUUAAUUAGCCAGUGCCUUUCAUCUUUGUGUAUGUUUGUGUUGACAUGGAAGAACCUUGUUUGAAUUGAGAAGAA